CCCCUCCCUACCAACAGAUGUUCAGCUUUACCGCGGAACCCGCCACAGGACAGCACAGCACGGACAGACAGCCGGCACACGAGAAACAAGAGCGAACUGCCGCACUCCCAACGUAGAGAUGGUGGGACAAUUGUGCCGCUGCCACACCCUCGUCCUACUCCUCCUCAACGCCGCAGCUGCUUCCGAGGGUGGCAUGCAACGGCAAGAACACGGCCGUUACAGCAGUCCACUUGAAACUUUGGAGUCUCCACCGAGCGUUGCAUUGGACGAUGAUGGCGCUGCUGCUGGGGUGGGUCACCCAGAGACCAACCGGUGUUCGGAUCUAGAUCAAUCCGCUUUCUCCAUAGGCAUGCAAUGCGGGCCACCUCUGUCACCACCUUGCUUUCAAUGCAAUUCUACAGAGUGUUUGGGGAAUGCCGGGAUAUAUGUUUUCGAUUCGGAGUGUUCGCUUUUGGAGACUAGCGAGUUGCGCGUUCCGGAUGAAGAACAAAAAGUUAGCUGGGCUUGGAUGGACCAUCACUACGUCGAAUGGGUUCUACGAAACGAAGCCGAGCAAAUGGGGAUGCUGGCGGAAACGUACGAGUCAGCCUGCAUUUUAGUGCAUGUGUCACCGGGAAGCACUAAGCCAUGUGCGGUGGAUCAACCCCGGUGGAACGGUGGCGCCAAUCAUCUCCUCGUGGAUAUGUCCGACAAAGGGAGGGAUUCACGACCCGACGUGGCGGGUAGUUACGCCAUGGAAGCGGCUACCAACAUGCACACGUGUUUCUACAGGAGUGGUUACGACAUUUCUGUGCCUCUUGCUCCCAAGCACGUGUUCAACGAUCUGGCCGACGUUGACCCUUGGGAUCGAAACUUCUUCCUUACAACAAAGGGUUCAUUAUACCUCAGCGGGCACGGUUCGGGGGAAAGGAUGAGUCUUGUGCCACUCCAGGACGAGGCCAACGGAGUGAUAAUGUCGUUGCACUGCUUCGAAGUCCACGAGGAGCACCUACUCCCGGAAAAUGUCGAGUACUGCCGAGCGCUGAGCGACCAGUACGACGACCAUAGCUACACGAGCCUGAUGAACACCACCUUCGGGUUAGUUCCAGCUGGCCGGUCUCCCGGCACGUACCGUCUCGGGGAGGUAAUGAGCGCCGGGUCGAUCCCCGUGUUCGUAGGCUGGGACCUGGUUCCCCCAUUCGAGGAGCUAAUCGAUUGGUCGUCGUUUUCUUUCGCAUUUGCACCGGACCAAGUGGAGUCGCAAAUGGUCAGGACCCUACGGGCGGUUCCCCGAGCGGAGCUGGAGCAAAUGCAGCGUAAGUCGCUCGAGGCUUAUCGGAGAAUCUUCGGGGUGAACAUGGGCGACUUCGUUCAAGGCGCUAGAAUUGUACUUGAAACUCUUCAAAGGCGGCUAGAACACCGGAUGACGCGAUGAGCGUCCAUCUCCGCCUAAAGAAAAGAGUAU